GAAGCCUUGCGGCUUGGGGCGCCUUUGGCCAUGCGGAAAAGCCGCCGUGCCGCGGCGCUGGUGCUCCCCUUGGGGCUGUAUGCUCGCGGCUUUAGCGCCGGUUGGGCGUGGGACUGGUGGCGUUCCAUGGGAAGCCCGCGCUGGGUGUGCUCCCCCAUGGUGGACCAGUCGGAGCGCGCCUUCCGGCUGCUUUGCCGCAGGUACGGGGUCCACCUGGCCUACACGCCCAUGCUGCACGCAGAGCCCUUCGCAAGCGACGAGGCCUACCGCCGGAGCUUCUUCGAUGCCUGGGAGCCAGCUCAGCUGGACGGCCAGCAGGACGCGGACCGCCCGCUGAUCGCCCAGCUGGGGGGGGACGACCCGAAGACCCUGCUGCGUGCGGCUCGGCUGCUGGAGCCCCACGUGGACGCGGUGGACCUGAACUUCGGUUGCCCCACGGAGGAUGCGCGCCGAGGAGGCCACGCCACUCAUUCCCCGCGCUGCCGGCGGUACGGGGCUUACCUCCUGCGGGACCCCCGGUUGGUGGCACGCCUUGUCAGCACCUUGUCCUCCGGCCUGCGGCGCGUGCCGGUGACCGCCAAGAUGCGCCUGCUGAGGGACCGAUCGGCCACUCUCGAGCUGGCUGGCGCCAUUGAGCAGGCGGGCGCGGCUGCGCUCUGCAUCCACGGCCGGACUUUGGAGCAGCGGCCCAAGUACGCGAAGAGUCGGAAAGAGGACUUGGCUCCCGAUUGGGACGCGAUAGCCGAGAUCCGGAAGGUGCUGAAUAUCCCGGUCAUCGCGAAUGGCGGCAUCGAGACCAGGCAGGAUGCUGUCAGAUGCCAGGAGCUCACUGGAUGCGCAGCGGUCAUGUCCGCAGAAGCUCUUUUGGAGUCCCCAGACCUCUUCGCGGAGGAACGCAUGGAGGAGCCUGCAAUCCCGCGGCUGCUGCGGCUGAGCCGGGAAUUUCUGGACUUGGCGCAGGCCUUCCCUUGUGCCCUGAAGUAUCCCCCGACCAAGAGCCACCUCUUUAAGCUGCUGCACCGUUUGCUGGGCGAGGACCAGGCAGAGGCACGCCGUGCCCAGGCGGCCGGCCAGAGCCUCACGCCCAAGAUGCUGUGGCAACUCAAGAUCAUCACCGCCGACUUUUUCCGAGAAGCGACAAGAGCUGAAGCUGGCGCUCAUGGGGUGCCCGGUGCAUGACUUUGAGGCGAUCCGCCGCACGCUGGACCUCAUCGAGCAGCAGUCCAGUGAGUCCCUUUUGGGUAGCUCCUGGUACCGACGCUGGCGCGAGCCGGGCGCUAACACCCGCGCG